ACCCAGAUCCCGUCUGACUAGACAGUACCUACGUACGCUGUUUAUCCACCGUCCUCUACACUUGAUUCUUUGCCUUUCCUAUUUUUUUUCUAUUGUUUUUUUCCUCCGGAUCUGGGCCAGGAUGGCGAUGCGCUAACGGACCGACCGCAACGUUGUAGACUUAAUAUAGUGUGAUAUGAGCGGCGUUUCUCCGUCGACCCGUCAUGCCACGGCCCACCAACGACUACACACGCACACGCACACAUACACACACCCGUAUACGCAUUCGUACACACAUACAUACACCCUCCCAGCCAUCCCUGCGGUGGCACACUGCAAACAGGCAGCCGUGCGACACGCACGAAUAGGUAUGUACGUAGGCAGAGGGGAAACCCGCAGCCGUAAAAUCACGCACCCAGACCGACAAACGAACGGGGCGACAUUGGCGCGGGUAGCCGCAUCUGUCCUCUGGAUUCUCACCUACUCCGCGGCGUCGCCACAACAUCCCACUCGUGGGAUUUCGAAACACCCCGUCGUAAGUCGUCCGACAGCCUCGUCGCAGCCGUCCGUGGCUUGGAACCUAAUAAGACGCGAGCAGCGUCUCGGUUUAAUUGCUCGAGCGCCCGCGCGCGCCGAAGUGUCGCCUCCCCUGCUCCCAGGCAAAGCGGGGGCAGCCAGCGCUUCUUCCCAGCGGUGUGCGGCGCCCCUCCCGACCGGUGAGAGGCAGGGAGCACCGCAGGCGACGCGCGCGGGGGCAGCCCCGAGCACAGCGAUGCCUUGGGCCGAGCGUGCCCUCGCGCCUCCCCCCGCCGGCCUCCGGGGCGUACCUAGGUGCGCAGCAGUAGCGACGCCCCCGGUUUCGCUUCCCACGUCUGGGACUGGCAAGCCCGUUCGCCGCGCCGCGAACGCGGUCCCGCCAGAUGCGCGCGGAGUGGGCCGGGGGCUGGGGGCGCUCGCGUAUCUGCCGGGGCGAGCCACUUGCCCCCUCGCGCGCGCGCAGGAAGCCGGAGACGAUCUUUGGGGGGGGGGGGGGGGGUGGCCUACUACGGGGGAGCGGUAGGGGCCCGGAAGGAGAGGACGCCGGAGAUCUCAGGCUCUGAGUGACGUGGCUGUGUUUCUUGGUCCGCCAUGCUGUGUAGAUACAGCUUG